AAAUAGAAACUUCGGAAUCCGACAUGUCAGAUUUCAACUACUCCUAUAACGAACGGAAACCUCCUUUCUCACGGCGGCUUCUCUCCUACGCGCCUUUCUGAUUCAAUAUUUCAUACUUUGAGUCCUCAUCCAAGUCAAUUUGGUGAAAUUUUUUUCUAUCUUUUUCACUUAUUCUGCAAAUUUAACGUAGAAUAAAUCGUAAGGGCUAUUUUAGGUUCGAAGUUGGACGAUCAUCAGCGAAAGAAACACGCAAUUGGAUUGAUUGCUGUUCGAUCUUCUAGUCAAGGCUUUGAUUUUAGGAGCUUCGGAAAAGGAAAAAUGGAGAAAAUGAAGAAUAUAUUGAAGCCGAAGCCGAAUCCGCAACAGCUUUUGAGAGAUUGGCAACGUCGCCUCCGACAAGAGUGCAGAAAUAUCGAACGCCAAAUUCGAGAUAUACAGAGAGAGGAGAAGAAUGUAGAGAAAUCAAUUAAAGAAGCUGCAAAGCGAAAUGACAUGGGUUCUGCCAAGGCACUAGCGAAAGAGCUUGUGAGAUCUAAAAUAACUGUGAACCGAUUGUACGAGAACAAGGCACAAUUAAAUUCGAUAUCUAUGCACCUUGGAGAAAGUGUCGCUAUUGCUCGCACAGUGGGGCAUUUGUCCAAGAGUGCUGAAGUCAUGAAACUUGUUAAUAAUCUUAUGAAGGCUCCAAAAAUGGCUAUUACGAUGCAGGAAUUCAAUAAAGAAAUGACCAAGGCUGGUGUCAUUGAAGAAAUUGUGAAUGAUGCAGUGGACACUGCAUUGGAUUCAGAAGACAUAGAAGAGGAGAUUGAAGAAGAAGUUGACAGGGUCUUAACUGAAAUUGCUGGUGAGACUGCUGCGCAACUUCCUGAAGCAGUCCGAAAGGAGAAGUUAAAGGAACCUGCCCAGGCACUAGGAGAUGCAGAGGUAUGUCACAUCUAUAAACCACUGCAUAGAAGUUUAAUUGAUCUUUUCAAUGAUGAAAUAAAUGCAGGGUGCUGAUGACGAGGAAGAUCUAGAAGAACUAAGGGCUCGUCUUGCUAAAGUAAGAUCGUAAGUGAUACUUAAGCUGACUUCCAGUUCCUGAGGGUUCACUUAUAAAAGGCCAGUAUGUGAAGUGGCAGAGCUCCUUGUAUGGUCUGCUCCGGCUGCAUCUUCUUUCUGGAUCAGGAAAUAGUAGAGUACUUUCUGUAUCUUAAAAUUAGCUGCUCUGUAAAGUCUUAUCAAGCUCUUGAUACUGUGUAGUCAUUGUCCAAAUCUGAGCCUUUAUUCUCUCACGCUGUGUUAUGGAAAAUGUGAUGCUUUUCAAUGUAUGGAGUUGAAACACUAUGUUAGUGACAUUUCUUUGCUGUCUAGCAGAAUAGGCAGUUCAAUCUAUCUAUUUAGGAGUUCUUUUCCGCCU